AUACUCUCAGAAAUAGAAAUUUAUCCUGUCAUGACCCCAUUUUCAUUUUCACCACCUUCUGGGAAAAAAGUAGCUGAAGAAAGAACUAUACACAAAGAAAUAAAUUUGCAAAGGAAAAGAAGAGUAAAAGGGGAACACAUACACAUUAUAGAAAAGGAUUAUUAUUUUAUGUAAUAUCAAAAUUAUUAUCAUCAUCAUCAUCUCCUCAAGUUCUACAACAACUUCAAAUGAAGCAAGCAUUUUGAAGAUACAUGCAUAUUUGGGAGAAGAAAGUUGAAUAGAGGAACAUGAAUUUUAGAGCACAAGAUAAAUAUGUCUAGUGCUCCUAUACAAAAACAGCAUAAAUUAUUAUAGCACAAAGAAAGUGGUGUUAUAGAAGAAAAGAUGGUGGAUUGUAACAACAAUACAAGGAAACACAAUGAUUCAAGUUCUAACAAAAUAUUUGUUGGAGGGUUGGCUUGGGAGACUCAAAAGGAGACACUGAGAAGAUAUUUUGAGCAAUUUGGAGAUAUUAUAGAGGCUGUUGUCAUAACAGACAAGAACACUGGAAGGUCCAAGGGUUAUGGCUUUGUCACAUUCAAGGAUCCAGAGGCAGCAAAGAAAGCAUGCCAAAAUCCAUCUCCAAUAAUUGAUGGGAGAAGGGCAAAUUGUAAUAUUGCAUCAACUGCUGCAAACAAGAAACACUCACAAACUCCUCAACAUGAAAGGUUUAAACCAGUGGCUGGAAUAUUGGCUUCCCCUUCUCAUCAUCAUUUUGUUCCUUCAUCAACAUUUUUCCAUCAACCUAAUGAACAAUUCAGAAUUCCUUAUCCAACUUAUAGAUAUAAUGGAUACUCACAAGAAACAAUGGUCCCUAUGAAUUGUUAUGCUAUCUAUGGAGGUCAACAAUUCUCACCUUACUACCCUUCCAAUAAUGGGGCAAUAGGGCCAUUAGGGUUUAUCCCUAAUAUUUACCCUUUGAAUGCUCAAUAUGCACAUAGAUAUCAUAGUCAUCAAGGUCAUGGUUUUAGGGUUCAAUAUCCACAAAUGAUGCAAAUUCCAGUUUUACCCCCUAGAAGACCAUAUGGCUCACCUGGUAUCUUGACUUUUCCUCCUUCAAUGCCACCACCACCAAUUACUAAUUCAGUGACAAGAACUGCUACUAAAAAAACAGAAGUGGCAACAAGAAAAGGUGCAAGUGCUUCAAGACCCAAAAGAACUUCUUCUAUCUAAAAUUCAUCAACUUAAUCUCCAUAUGGAUAGAGAAAUUAUGUGUUGAAAAUAAUGAUGAAGAUGAGAGAAGGGUUCAAGGACAAGAAAUUAAAGGGUUGAUAAUAGUGAUAUAUACUUGAAUACUUGGUGAUAUGAUUCAU